GUCACCACUUGCCUUGGCAAUGUUGAUGUCAUCACCAGCUUUUCUGGAGGCAGACCAGGGAGCCAGUUCGAAAAGCAGUUAAGUACAGAUGGGAUCAAGUCAUCAAGCCCAUCAGUAGCUCAACCUCAAACCUCACGUUCUUAACCAGGAUCAUCGCUGAUAUCAUCCGAGAGCCUACUUGUGGCUUGUCCGAGUUGGCUGCGUCUAGCUGAGCUGAUUGGAGCGGCCGACAUUUUUGCUGACUGGAGUCAUGCUAUCUUUGCCAGUUUGCUGGAAUAGACACAGACACCGAUUGGGUCAUGCUGAAGACAUUCCUGUCUUGUGAAGCAAGUCUGUUUGUAUUUUAGGUUUGCCAGGACUAAUGAAUUAAAACAUUUGGACUCUCCACGACUUGCUGUUUAUCAAUGCCUCUGACAGGAGGAGGGUUUUCUUUUGCUCUUGCUUUUUCUAGAAGCAUGACAACACAUCCUGGCUGGUGGAGAGGCAAGGAAAGGAGAGAGGGCUUGUGGAGGAAAGCGGAACGGGGAGGUCCCGUGGGACGUCGGAGUCCGGGGAAGAGCAGGUAGCAGCGUGCAGCCCUGACAGCUGCUUCUGCUCCUCAGAUUGUCAGUGGCUGCUAUGCAGCAGGUGCAGCCUGGUCUCUUACUGAAUCUUUACUCCACAAAGGCAACGACUGGCCAAGGCAGUGGCUGGCCCUGGAUUACACAAGUGCAGACACUCAACUAAGUGAGCUGGAAGACCCAGGAGAAGACCAAGGCUCAGGUGCCCACAUGAUCAGCACAGCCAGGGUGCCUGUGGAUAAGCCUGUACGCAUCGCCUUCAGCCUCAAUGACCCCUCAGAUGAGACACCCCCUGAAGACACCAUUCCUCUGGUCUUUCCAGAACUAGACCAGCACCUCCAGCCGCUGCCUCCCUGUCAUGACUCCGUGGAAUCCAUGCAGGUGUUCAAACAGCACUGCCAGAUAGCAGAAGAAUACCAUGAGGUCAAAAAGGAAAUUGCCCUGCUUGAGGAAAGGAAAAAGGAGCUCCUUGCCAAGUUUGAUCAGGCGGAAAAGGAGAAGUUGGAUGCUGCGCAGCUGGCUCGAGAAUAUGAGGCAUUGGCAGAGGAGAAUCGGACGUUGAAGUUGGCCCAGUCGCAAUGUAUAGAACAACUGGAAAAACUUAGAAUACAGUAUCAGAAGAGACAGGGCUCAUCCUAACUUUAAAUUAUUCAUUGUGAGCAUAACAGCUGCUGUGCGCUGGCCAAAAAAAAAGUUUCAAUUUAAAGGAUAGAAGUAAAAGCUGUUGCUUCUUUUUAUUACUCACAUGGCCAAUAUCUAUCAUGAGUUUAAUGCUUGCCAGUUUCUGGUGUGAAAGGAUAUUUUAUUUUAAGAAAGAUAAAUAAAGUGAAUUUAUUCCCAUUAUAUGUUUUCAGAAAUCAGAAUUCUUUUUCAAAGAUUUUUUUUUUUUAAUUUAGGAAGAUAUAACUAUAUUGAACAUCAGGGUACAAAAAGAUAGAAUAUUGACUGACCCCACUAAGAAACAUGAGCUGAGCAAGUUAAGCCCCGAAACAAACUGAAGAGAUGCUCGCUGCAGUUCCACGUCUGUGUAUUUUAAAAUUUCAUGCCUUUAGUAUUUCAAAUCUAAACUGUCAGAAACUUCUCUGUGCAUAUUUAUAUUCACCAGUCAGAUUUAAUCUCUCCAUGAUUGAUUGUGUUAAACAUACAUGGUAAUAUAUCAUAAAAGCAUUUAUGUGAAAAUAUUAGCAGAAAGCAUGUUUGUGCCCAAAGCAUAUUUGCCAGUGCUAACUUGCUGUUGUAAUCAAAACCAGAUAAGGUCACAUUUUCUUCAUGCCCCAUUACCUCACGCUAAACACUUCUGCCUUUGCUUGUGUGUGUUCUGGGGAUCGGGGGAAAUGGUAAAGUAUUGUUUGGACAUCACUUUGGUGAAUUCCCAUGCAAACAUCAGUGAAAUUAUCACUGUCACUUUGUUUUGGAUUUAAAGGAGAUGUUUUGGUUCAAUAAUAACUAAUAGGAAUAUCAGAAUAAAUUGAAGAUUAAAGUGAUUUUUCCCUGGUUCUCCCUAUCACCAUAUUUUCCCAGAUUGGUCUUUGUUAUACGUCCAUUUCUAUUCACGUAAUUUUUUUUCAUUAAACAUGGAUCAAA